UUUAAUAAAACUGACAUUUGUUGAAUCGGAGGUCUAGUGGAGCCAGACGUAGUCUCAGUGGAACAAUUACCGACGAUAUAGGUCUACAGAGACUGAAGCUUUUGGUCUAAGUAAGCUGACUGUUCCGUAUUCUACUACUACACUACGUACUAGGCCUACGGUACUUCAAAAACCAAAGUGAUUAAUAUGUUUCCCUACGAAAAGGGAACCUGAGGAGCGUGACAUGUGGCUGCAUAUCCUGGGGCGGCCAGACCCCAACAAUGACAGUAAUUUCCUUGAACCGUCCCGGGGUCACAGAGUAUGCUCGUUUCACUUCAUAGAUGGAGAACCUACAGAGGCACAUCCGUUCCCAAGUGUAGGGAAAGCUACAUGUAAUACUUCGCCUACUAGAAAAAGAAAGUUGGAAGAAGAAGAAGAUCAUUGUACCGGUAAUCAGAAAUCAAAUCAUGUACCCAAAUUUUCUACAGCCUCAAAAUUUGUAAUAUAUAUGCUCGUUAGUUUAAUAAAAUCAUUCAAAUCGCAGAAUAAAGAGCUGAAUAAUGAAGUUAAAGACCUCCAGACUGAAAUCCUAGAUUUAAAAAAAAGAAUUACAAAUUAUAGUGAAAUUAAAUGUGCAAACAUUUUAAAAAGUGAUAAUGAUGCAUUGUUUUUCACCGGUAUUCAUAGUAUUUGUUUAUUUCACACUUUGCAUAAAUUUAUAUCACCAUUUGUACAUAGAAGGUGGAGAGGAUUGAAAGUAGUUAGCACCAAAGUUAAAAGAUUUCUAGUUUAUAACAAAAAGCCAGGCCCGAUUCGUAAAUUACAUAGUGUUGAUGAAUUUCUUUUGGUUUUAAUUCGUUUGAGAUUGGGAUUGUCACUCAAUGACCUUGCCAAACGGUUUGGAAUUUCAAUUGCCCUUACAUCACGAAUAUUUAAUUGUUGGUUAUCUGCCAUGAACCAAGUUCUCGGAAAAUUUAUUUAUUGGGCACCAAAAGAGCAAAUUGCAGCUACAAAACCAUCAAGAUUUAAACAUUUGCCUGAUAUCCGUUGUAUUAUUGAUUGCUCUGAAAUUUUUAUACAGACUCCAAAAGAUCCUUUUUUGCAAAGUGUCACAUGGUCUGAUUACAAACACCACAACACUGCCAAAUUCUUAAUUGCUGUAGCACCUAAUUCAUGUAUUACCUACAUCUCGCCUAUGUAUGGAGGUAGAGCUUCAGACAAGGGUUUAACUCUAGAUUGUGGUUUUUUGGACAAAUUAGAUCCUUAUGACAUGCUUCAAGCAGACAAGGGCUUUAUUAUUCAUGAUGAAUGUGCUGCUAGAUUUGUAACUCUACAGGUACCACCAGGAAAAAGAGGUGAAACACAAAUGUCAUCUGCUGCCGUUAACAAAACCAAGAAGGUUGCCAAUUUGCGUAUUCUUGUUGAACAGGUAAUACGUAGAUUGAAAAUAUUUAAUAUUCUUAAGAAUGAAGUGCCUGUUAGUUUGAUACCGUCACUAGACAAAAUUGUACGUGUAUGCGCAGCUUUAUGCAACUUGCGUAAACCAAUUUAUUCAACUUAAAUGUUCUAUCUUGUAAUGGUAUUUCAAUAUUUAACAUUCUAAAGCAUGAAGUGCCUGUGAGUUUGAUACCAUUACUAGACAAUAUUGUACGUGUAUGCGCAGCUUUAUGCAACUUGCAUAAACCAAUUUAUUCAACUUGAAUGUUCUAUCUAGUUGUAAUGGUAUUUCAAUAUUUAAAGGUAAUACAAAGUUUUGGUAUGGGGUCAUGAAUUUGGUUCAAAUAAACAUAUUGGAAGCAUAUGCGCUCCUACAAU